UGUCAUCUAUAUAUAUAGUGUAGAUAUAUAAAAAAAAAAGAAAAAAAUAACUGCCAUUAUGAGAUCAAUAACAAUGCUAUUAUUGAUAAUAGUAUUAUUAAUUCAUCAUACAGUAGUGAAUACAACAAAUACUAAUAAUAACUAUCGUAUGAAACAACAACAAUACUUUUAUAACAACAAUGAGCAUUAUAACAAUAGAGGAAAUGUUGAAUCACAGCAACAAUUGACUCGUGAAAUUCAUAUAACACAGGGAACAUUACAAGGAGUUAUCGUUGAACCAUAUCCUGAAUCAUCGUUACAUCAUAAUCAAAAUGAUCUACCAAAAGUUGAACGAUAUUUGGGUAUACCUUACGCUGCAGCACCCGUCGGAGGAUUACGGUUUAUGCCACCAGGAGCUCCACCACGUUGGGAUAAAACAACAAAAGUAUUUGAUACUUUACCACCUGUUUGCCCACAAAAUUUACCCAUCAUUAGCAAAAGUCAAAUGUCACGGGGCCGGUAUAAAUAUAUGCAACGAUUAUUGCAGUUUUUGAAGCGAUUCAAUCAGAGUGAAGAUUGUUUGUAUUUGAAUAUUUAUGCGCCUGCGUAUGAACACGAACGUGAUAUUCAAGAAAAAUAUCCCGUUAUGGUAUUCAUUCAUGGUGAAUCAUUCGAAUGGAAUUCGGGAAAUCCGUAUGAUGGAAGUGUUCUGGCAUCAUAUGGACGUGUUAUUGUAAUCACAUUUAAUUUUCGACUUGGUAUUUUAGGUUUCAUGAAACCCGGUGUAGCAGAAAAUACACCAAGUAAUUUUGGUUUAUUGGAUCAGAUUGCCGCCUUACAAUGGGUACAAGAUAAUAUUGGAGAAUUUGGUGGUGAUCGAAAUUUAGUCACGCUAAUGGGACACGAUACGGGAGCCGCAUGUGUCAAUUUUUUAAUGUUAUCUCCAGUCUCAAGGGGGGGAGCGAACGCCGAGGGGUUAUUUCAUCGUGCAAUUUUAAUGAGUGGCUCAGCGUUAUCUGAUUGGGCUUUAGUAAAAAAUCCUGCACCAUUUACAAUGCAAGUUGCAGAACGAUUAAAUUGUAAUCCACCAGAUAUGACGAGUUGUUUGCGGGUGAAACGUUUGGAGGAUAUUAUGUCGUUAAAAAUAACUGGACCACGUUUUAUGACCAAAUUUGGACCAGUCGUGGAUGGAGCUGUUGUGCCAAAUGAUCCAUAUAAAAUUAUGAGUGGUUAUAGAGAUUUAUUUAAGAGUUACGAUUUAAUGUUUGGAUUAACGGAACAGGAAUCGUAUCAUCUCCUGGAUGCAAUAACAUUACAUGCUGGAAUUUUGGAAAAAGAUUUUGAAGCUACCUUGCGUGCAUACGUGGCCGCAAGCUAUGAGUACGAAUUAUCUGAGACCGCUUAUUCUAGAAUCAUUCAAGAGUACACAGAUAUUCGAAACGAUGGUGUUCGAAGAAUUGAUGCAGAUCAUCGAGAUAUUUUAUUGGAUAUUCUAUCCGAUGCCCGUGUGGUAGCACCUUUAAUUACCACCGCUAAUCUACACUUAGCCGAAAAUCCGAAAUCAUAUUUUUAUAUUUUCGGACAUAAUAGUGUUUUUGGUGAAUAUUCCAUGUUGGAUCGAAGUGUGAAUGGUGAAGAAAUUCCAUUUGUAUUUGGUAUUCCGAAAGGUGGUCCGAAAUAUCAUUACGAGGAUAAUGCAAGUAAAGAUGAAAUUUUAUUAUCGGAACAAAUUAUGCGAUGUUGGACUAAUUUUGCUAAAACUGGGAAUCCAAAUGCACCUCGACGUUUUGAAAUUCCUCCAUUUCGUUCGUUUUCCCAUAAUUUUGAUUUGGAUUGGCCAGAAUAUGACUUUAUGAAUAAAUCGUAUAUGAACUUUGGUAUCCCACCAGUGAUUGGCUAUCAUUAUCGUGAUAAAUUUAUGGAAUUCUGGAAUGUAAAACUCCCGUUCGAAUUGGAAGCACAGUUAAAACGAAAACUAUCGGAUGAAAAUACUGAAAUUCACCAUCCACAUCAAUUCAUCAGUCACCAACCAUCUCGUGGAAUAACCGCAUCGAUAAAUCCAUCAGAAGUUCGUAACCGGAAUCCAUCAAUACCACUGGAUCCUCCAUGGAGAUACAACGGAGGUCCAUUAGACUCGGAAAUCGAAUCUACGACAGAGGAGUCCUCCGUGGGAGUAAAAGAUGAUGAAACAAAGAAUGCAAAUAUCACGAUGAAUAUAAUAAUCGGUUUGGGUGUACUGUUUUUAAUCGUAAACAUUUUGGCAUUCACUGGUUUGUAUUACAAACGUGAUAAAUUAAAGUCACGUGAACGGGACUUAAAAACACAACAAAAAAUUGAUGGUAACGCGUUAGUUAAUUUGGAUACACAUGGCAAUGAAUGUGACAAUGACUUUAAUGAAUCACAUGGGUGUAAUGUUUUAAAAAUGGUUACAUCCAAAUAUGACAGCAACGACCAAUAUGAUAUGCCAAUUAAAAAUAAUACGGAAGCAAAUAAUGACGAAUCGAAAUUUAGUCCAAUUUUUAAAUUAAAACGACAAUAUUCCACAAGUACAAUUGAUCCAAAUACAAAAGUACGAAAUUGGAUUACCCAGGAAAUUGUACAAAAAUAUAGUCCACGAUUUUUACGUCGAAAUAAUAAUUUAAGUUUGGCAAAUAGUCAAAAAGAGGUUAAGCAAAAGAAGAAUACACAGUUAAAAGGUACGAAGGAUAUGAAACAAAUUAGUUUGGAUGACGAUAUUUCACUGGGACAAACUCCAACACGACCUGUUAGCCAUAUUGAUAAUAAUAUUUAUGAUGAAACACCAGAAAAACCAACACAAGGAUCCCAAACAGAUUCCAGCAGUGCAGGAAAUCUUACUUUAUCGAGUAAGACUAAACCCAAAAAAGUCUCAGUGGCUAUUGAUGCAACACCGGCUGCCCGAAGUUGUAGUAUUUUGGAGCAACAGCCAAUUGAGUUAACCAAAUCGUUAACAUUAGACUCGGAUCCAUCUAAAUCCGGCAUGCUUCGUAGGUCAGCAACGAUGCAAGAUUUCUUAGAUAGUACGUCGACAGAAGAUGGUUCAAGUCCUCAUGCAUCGGCUGUAGAAUCGACUGUUAUUAAAAUUGAACAUUCCCAUUCCAAAUCGGAUCCAAUUGACGCUCCUUAUUAUAAAAAUAAUCCAAAUGCAUUGUACGAAUAUAGCACUCCUCAAAUUCCAUUAAAACUGCAAACAUUUACAUCGAGGAAUGAACCUGAAAUAUGUUCGCCUAAGAAUGAACCGGAAAUAGUUAAUGUAACCAGUCGAGAUGAAAUUGACAGCAAGGAAAUGAUGACACCAGCUGAGGCAUUAAUGACAAUUAAACGCCGAAAUUAUCCAAAAGUAUUGCCAGAUUUACCAAAUACAAAUGAUACAGCAAUUAAAAGGCGAUCUUUACCACAUCCAGGUCAUUUAUGCCAGUUUAUGUCUCGAGGAAAAGAGAAAACAAAUGUACCACCAUCCUUAGCACCCCGAAAUGUAACAAAAAUUCCACCGGCACCUCCACCACGAACAACUUCGACAAUGGAUCGAUCAGCGAGUGUUGAAGAAAAGGAAGUUAAAAGUACGUUACAUGUAGGUCAGUUACUUCCGAAAAAAUCACAUAAACCUGUUCAUGUGCAUGUCAACGAUCAUGAUCUAAAACCUCCUGAUCCUAGUUUGGGACAACCAAUUUAUGAUAAUGUUCCAAAUACCAGACCAGAACCAAAAACAAUUAUAACUGCAUCGGGUAAUACAAAAAAAAUACCUAAGCCGAAAGUGAUUAUUAAACCGACAAUCAUGAAAAAACCGACGGAGCGUGCAGAUGGGAAAUAUAUACCACAUGUUACAGCCUCAAAUCUUCCCUUACCAAAAACUAAACUGAAUCGAUCCAACUCAACUGAAACGCCGUCCAAACCAAGCUUAGAUCGAUCCAAUUCAACUGAAACCACUUCGAAUUUACCCACACCAAAAUUCAAUCGAUCCAAUUCAACCGAAACACCUGUUGAAGAAAAAUUCGAAGAUAAUAAUUUUUCAAAGAAACCUGAUAUUAUCGUCGCGGAAUAUAAAUCAAGGUUACCAAAACCAUUGUUCAGUACAAAAACAGUUAGUUCAGAAAAGUCAUCGAAUUCUAGUUCAUCGAAUUCUACAUUAGAUAGUAAUAGUUCAUCGGAUACUGGUACGGUUGUGAAACGAAUAUGUUAGAAAUGUGUUGUUUUUUCCCAAUAAAACGUGGGGGUGAAAAAAAUAGAAAAAAAAA